UCGCUCUCGCUGAGAACCGAAAGAUAGUGCAAGUCUAAAAGGGCUUGAAACAGGUUUAUACGGAAAGAGACAGCUCCAUGGCUUAGACGAUGAGCGGAAAUGUCCUAUGAACCACCAGUUCUUUCAAGGAAGCAUGCCUCUACUGAUGCAAAACCUCCCGAAAACAACAGUCGUUUACAAUCACGUCCUAGCUAUGGAGAGAAGCCAGUAGUGAACGGUGUGUCGAGACCACUGGGCCGAUCUGAAGAGAAUGUUCAGCGAGAAGAUUUCAAACUUUUGAUUGAUCCCGCCAUAAAGAAAGGACAUGCUAAAAUCUAUCGAUACGGUGGAGUCUUUCCAGGGCAACCGCCGGUUGUCCCAAAGGAUCCUCGCUCCAGGAGGAAAAGAAUAUGGACCCACAACAAAGCCGAUUUACCUGUUCCUAAUUUCAAGGUGGACAAAUGGUAUGUGGGAAUUCCUCCGCAACGUGAAGUUCUGUUUUCGGGAUUGAAUGAUAACGUGGAUAAGAAAUUUCUACAAGAAAUUUGCGAACGUUAUGGACGAAUCGAGGCCAUCAAAAUAUAUUAUGAUCCACAAACAAAAAAACACACCGGAAAGGGUCGUGUGACUUUUGAAACCACUACCGCUGCUAAAAUGGCAGUUUCUAAGCUAGACCAUACUUCUGUAAUGGGGAACAUCAUAAAGGCUCAUAUGGAAAUCGGCAUCAAAGGACAUGAAGUUCAUGGUAAACACCCACCUGCCAGACGGAACUCAGGUCACGAUAGUUACUCUUCAGCACACAUCCCUACUCCAUCUCCUUCCGUAAUAUCACAGUCAUCUACAGAUAGUUCAGUGCUAUCACCUUCACUCAUGAUGAGGAAAAGCCCUGCAACAUCUGUACGACUACAAGGAGAUACCCGGGCAAAGUCACUUACUGCAUCUUGGGAUGGAACCUCACCAGCUGUCAAAAAAUUAGCUCAAAGUGGAUCAGCUUUCUUGUCUUCUCAAAGAGUAUCGUCUGCACAGUCUACAUUUGAACCUGUCUCACCACCCCGUGUUUUCCACAGAAAUGAUGAACCCCCACCUCCCCCACCACCAUCAUCAAAUCCACCUCCUCCACCAGUGGAGAGAGUAUCCUCAAAGGAGCCCCCACCACCACCCCCUAAAGAGAAAUCGGAUCAGUCUUCCUCUUGCUUAAAUUAUGAAGACAUCUCUCCAGAUCCUGUGUUUUCUCCUGGUAGAGAUGAAGAACGAUCAGUGCCUAUUCACAAAGGCAAGGACGACAAUGCAAAAACAACAAAUAAACUAAUUGAAUCAUUCAGAAGGGAGUCAAUGCGUACUUCUUCACCUCCUAGCAAAAGUCGAUCACCCAGAAUUGACAGAAGUGAAAGCUACUCAAAGUGGGAAAAAAGGAAACAGAUGGAACGGGAAGAGAGACACAGAGACAAACACAGGGACCUUGACAGGCUUGGGGAAUCGUAUGAUAGGGAACAUGUGUACAAGGAGGAUCGUAGGUUUGAUAAGUAUGGAGAUUACCGACAUAAGAGAGAUGAUUAUUUUGAGAAGAAGGUUGAUCGCAGAGACAAUUACAGAUGGGAUGAUUAUGACAGGAGCAGAAGUGGAGGCCGCUGGGAGAAAGAUGAACACAAGUAUAGAAAAGAUAGGUAUAGCACAAGUCCAAGGAGAGGGGAUGAUCGUAGAUGGGCAGAGGCAAGACCACGGGAUCCUAGACUGCGGGACAGAGAUAGUGAGAUUGGUGAGGUGCUAAGUAAAAAUGCAAGACAUAAUGAAAGAGAUAAAGAUGGACUUAAUGGGGAAGAUGACCACAGUCGUGAUUUGAGAUCACGAGGAAGAAAUCAGGAAACUUCUGAUACUCACAUAAGAGACAAGAGAGCAAAAGAAUGGCCCAAUGAAGUGGGAAGCUCAGAUGCGAGAACCAUCGAAAGUAAGGAACAUAGGCUGAUUGAUGGUGAUAUUAAAGGUUCAGGCAAAGACAGAGAAAAUACAUCAACUGAUCUCAAAAUCAGGGAUCCCAGACUGAAAGACAAAGAUAAUGAUCAUGAAAGUAUUUCUCAGUACGAUUCUGCUCUAAACCUUACCAGCCAGGAAGGUGUUGAUCCUCAAUCAAAAAAUAAUGUUGCUGAUGAAAAAGACAAGAAAUUAAAAUCAGAUUCAAAAAUUACUGAAAGUGAUGCAAAAGCAGCAACUGCUGCUGAGAUUAUUUCAUCUGUAGUAGCUUGUACUUCACUAAAGGAAACAAAAGCUGUACACAGAUAUGCUGAGGAUGCAUAUACAGUUGGUGUGGAAGCUUGCUCUGAUGAAGAACCCUUACCUCCUGGAGAUGAACGUGAUGUUGCUCAUGAAGUUCAGCUAGACAUAAAUAGAAGUAAAAUCAAAGCCGCUCAGAAUGCUGUGAAGAAGCGGAAACUUUCAGAAACUGUCCCAGAUGAAAACCAAAGCAAUGGAGCUAAAGCGAAAAAGAUACAAAUAGUCUUGAAAAGUGUUCAACUUACUGCUGCAGACUCUAAAAUGGAUACUCCUGAGAACCUGAAUCAUUCACUCGUUGAUGAGGAAUAUGGAGAUGAGGAGAUCAGUGGUUGGAGGACAGUGUCUUUUUCCAGUGAUAAGUCAACACCUGAAGUGGCAGCUGAUGUUGCAGUAUCUUCAGAGUCAGGAGCCACCCUAUUACAGGAGAAGAACUUACCACUUACAGAGGACAUAUCCCCCUUUAACUCUCCAGCUAUUGAAAGGACAGGCCAUGUGGAAUGUAAUGAUUCCCCUGUCCAUGUGUCGGCAGAACCAGCUGCACAUGACAUUUACUCUGACAUUGAAGGAAAUGAUGAGGAUGACAAUGAGGGUGAAGAUGUGAACAAUGAGAGAGAUGAUGAUGCUAUGUCAUUAUCAUCCAUUAGCUCAAAUGAAGACACUUUAGAAGUGACUGAACCUGAGAGCAAACCCCUCCCCAAAUCAAAAGGUAUCUCUGUUCCACCUCCAAAUGUUGUCUUCCCACCUUACCCCCCUCCAAUGUUCAAUCCCACCAUACCACCCCCUCCAUUCUUCAACCCCAGAGUACCCCCUCCACCCAUAGGUCCUGUUACUGUUCCUCCCCCUCCCCUCCCUGUCCCUGGUGCUGUCCCACAUCCCAACAUGCGUCCUCCACUACCUCCUGCAAGACCCAUUCUACCUCCAGUUGUGCUGCCACCUUCUGGCCCACCUAUUCCAGUGCCACCUCCAGCCAUACCUCGUUCUGGAUUCUAUGACACUCGGAGAGCACCUCAGUUCCCUAAUGCUGGUUUUCCUAACAGUGGAAGUUAUGGUUUUCCCAAAGUAGAGCAGAAAAAGACAAGGAGAGCUUUGAUCAUUGAUGAAGUUUAUAGAAAAAUUUGUGUUGAACUGGAUGCUGUUCUCAAGAGAGAUAUCUUUAAGAAACUUGUGGAGGCAUCUGCAUUCAAAGCUUUGGAAUCUUGGUGGGAUAAUCAGACCAAACCAAAGACUGCUUCACCCACAACUGCAACUACCGCUAGAAAUCUACAAAUGUGCCAAACUCCACCAGCCACAGUUGGUCUUCCAUCAAAUUCUGGCACCGCAGCUUCCACAAUAGGACCUAGUCCCUUUGAAAGAUCACACAGCAUGCUUCUUGGAUUGCGUGCCUCACUUCCCAAACUUCCUUCAUUUAAAGUGAAACGAGCACCAGAGCCUCCAAAGACAGAACAAUUGAUUAGUUCCUCAAGGAAACGUAGUAACACGGAAUCUUCAGACAUCCCCCCGCUAGAGACAAAGAGACGCAUUUUGGAUGAUGUAGACUCAGAAAUAGAGACAAACUUGGAGAACAGCUCUAGUCUGGACAGGCGUCCACGCACCAUCAGUAGGCUCGAAGAAGAGGAGCGGAGCCAUUCGCCACUUCAGCUUGAUGACAGUUUGGACGUUGCUCCGAAGGCUACAAUAGUGAGGAGCAGUGAAGCUGAUGAGCGACGACCAAGCACAGGCUCGUCAUUGUACCAUACAUUGUACUCCAGUAGUAGCAACAGCAGUGAGUCAGGCAGCGACGAGAGUGAGUCUGAUGGUGAAGAUGAAGAAGAAGAGGUGGAAAGCGGAGAGGGCUCUGGGGAUGAGAGCGAAAGUGAAAGUGAAGAGGAAACUGAAUCAGAAAGUGAGGACGACACAAGGCAAGUCAUUGACAAAGAACAACAAGAGCUGGAAGUGAACAUGGGUGUGGAGCAGGAAAUUGAUAAAGACUCGAAAAUGGAAGUAGUUCACAUGGAGAAACAUCAAGAUGAUGUCUUUAUCGAAGAUCAGGAAUCCUCAAACGAAAUGUUGUCUAACUCGAUGAACGCUGAGGAAACUAGGGAACCAGAGUCUUUCAGUUAUAAGAGUGGAGAAAUAUUAAAAACAAAUGAGCUAGAGACUGUCUCAAAAGGAAUGAAUUACAAGGUGGGAGAAUCUGCACCUACCGAGACGUAUCGCUCUUUCCACAUCGCUCACAUUGUGCCUGAUUUGUUCAAAAAUGAAGAUACGUUGAGCAAAAGCAGAACUUCAUCUGUGGAAGAGAAAGACAAUUCAAGCGUAAAUAGUGGAGAACUUGUAAUGAAAGUAGAGCAACCGCCGUUGAGAACGUCAGAUACUCGAGAUACUAGGAAUAUCGAAGAAAGCAGUCAUUUCCUCUCAGAAGAAAAAGAUAUAACUAUGAAACAAGACGAUUCAUUCGAGAAAACGGAGGUUAAAAGUCCAUUACGUGCACCUGUGAUUGGUUUUCGAGAAAAAGAGACGAUUGAACGUGAAAAUUAUAUGUUUUCCCAUGAAGAGGAACAAUUCCCUGAAACGGACCAAAACUUCGAUUACUCGGAGGAAAGAAUGCCUUUACUUUCCCCUGACAAACCAUUGGCUGUUUCGCUUGUUGAACUUGAUCACCCGUAUGGAUUAACUAUCCCAGAGAAACUACCACCAGAGUCUGUAGAAGAAGAAGCUGAAUUGUUCAACGACAAAAAUAUUAUAGACACUCCCCUCCCUGAGGACAGACGACUCGCUGAGUCUCCUAUUGUUGACGUAGUGACUGUUAACUCGACGUUAUCCUUGCUGCCUGAACUUACCUCUCCUAAGCCCCAGUUUCCCGUGCGGUCAUUUGAAGCCGAUGAUGAGCUUGUGUACGAAUUUCAGAGAGUGGGCAUCGACGCAGAAGACUGCUAUUAUCUAAAAGUUGGUUUUGAGCAGCUUCAGCAGGUUGGAUCUGAUUCAGUCGUGGACGCACACUGGAGUAGUCACCCACCGACCGCUCAAAGUGUAACAAAAGGACGUCGAAAACUGAAAACAGAACACGGUGUACGUGUACAUGUGACUGGAUGUGCCCGAGCGGAAGGCUUUUACAAGAUUGACAUCAAAGAAAAGGCUAAAUAUCUACAGGCUCAGAGAAGACAGCUACAGUGUCAGGCCAACGUUACGGUUGAGGAACAGAAAACAGACGGCAACAAGGCUAAACAACAGUCACGUGAACACAGAGCGAUACAAAGAAGAUUACAGUCAGCGGUGUGUAAUGAGGAAUUUGGUGACUUGCUCAAGUUUAAUCAGCUCAUGGUGCGUAAAAAGCAACUUCGAUUCGCUAAGUCGGGUAUCCACGACUGGGGUCUUUUCGCCAUGGAGAACAUUGCAGCGGAUGAGAUGGUAACAGAAUAUGUCGGUGAGAUCAUCAGACAGCCCAUUGCGGAUAUCCGUGAGCGGAGAUACGAGGAGAUGGGAAUCGGAUCAAGUUACCUGUUUCGUGUUGAUCAGGAAACGAUAAUUGAUGCUACCACUAAAGGAAACUUUGCACGAUUUAUUAACCACUGCUGUGAUCCCAACUGCUACGCCAAGAUAGUCACUUUAGAGAAUGCCAAGAAAAUAGUCAUUUAUUCCAAGAGAGAUAUCGAAGUCAAUGAAGAAAUCACCUACGACUACAAAUUCCCCAUCGAGGACGAGAAAAUCCCAUGUUUGUGUGGUUCUCCACAAUGCCGGGGGACUUUGAACUAACGCAACAUUUUGUAUAUAUCUCUAUCGAUAUUUAUGCGUAUGAAUUUUGUACAAAGGAAGAAAGGUCUUUUGACGUUUAUCCGUAGAAAUUGGCUACUUCUUUAAAAGAGCAUCAUGUCGUGGGAAACCGACUCAAAACAAUGCGAAUUCCCAUGAAAGUUUACGAAAGCAAUUCCUGAAAGGAAACUUCUAGCUACGGAACCAAGUCUUUUAGACUCUUGCUGCGACAUUGGUUGUUCUGCGUUGUUGUUGCACUCUGUUUUUCUUUGUUCCCGCGUAAUUCUAUUCAGACUGUGUUGUUUUGUGCACCGGGCCUUUUUUGUGUCCGAUUUUUCAUGGAAGAGUGAAUAAAAUGAUUUCUGGACCGAGU